UUUCCAUUUCAGUCUUCAAACUUUCUUUUUCUCCGAGUUCCCAUUUCAACACCUCGGCCUCUUUUAAAUUUCCGUCUCUCCUCGGGUGUGGAAAUUCUAGGGUUCCAUUCGUCAAUCACCUCUCUUCUUCCUCUGAAUUUCCAUGCCUCGAUUCUAAAUUCUCGUAUGCAGCUCUGAGAUGCUCUGCAAUUCCCUAAACCCUCACAAAAUCCACAGUCCAUGGAGGCCUCUCAGAGCACUAGUUCCAAUUCUCCCCCGCCCUUUCUCACCAAAACCUAUGAAAUGGUGGAUGAUCCCAUCACCGAUUCGAUCGUUUCGUGGGGUCAGACUGGCCACAGCUUUGUUGUUUGGAAUCCCCCUGAGUUCGCCAAAGAUUUGCUCCCCAAGUACUUCAAGCACAACAACUUUUCCAGCUUUGUCAGGCAGCUGAAUACUUAUGGUUUCAGGAAGGCUGAUCCUGAGCAGUGGGAGUUUGCAAAUGAGGAAUUCAUUAGAGGUCAGAGGCACCUUUUGAAGAACAUACAUAGACGCAAGCCGAUUCAUAGCCAUUCCACACAAAAUCAGGUGGGCUCAGCACCAUUACCAGAAUCAGAAAAGCAGGAAUUUGAGGCUGAAAUUGAGAGGCUGAAACAUGAUAAGGGUGCACUUCUGUCAGAGCUACAGCGGUAUAAACAGGAGAAUCAGUUCUUUGAGUUUCAAACACAGUCUUUAGGAAAACGAGUGUUUGAUAUGGAACUCCGGCAAAGGAAAAUGAUGGCCUACUUAGCGCAAGUAUUGCAGAAACCCGGAUUUACUUCUAGUCUCAUGGCACAGUCAGAAAUUCAUAACAAAAAGAGAAGGUUAUUGAUGCCUAAUUACCUUUUUAAUGAAGCCAAUGUUGAAGAGAAUAUGGUUGUGACUUUCCAGAAAGAAAAGCCGGACACAAUUUCUGUUCAAGGGGAGAAUGUUGAGAUGAUUGAGAGUUUGGAAUCAUCUUUAAAUUUUUGGGAGAAUUUUCUCUAUGGGAUUGGUCAAGGCUCAGCAGAUGUAAUGGAUGGUUUUGGAACACUUUCCCAGCCUUCUCCAAUCAUUAUUACAGAAAUGCAUUCAUCAUCAGAUCCAGACACAAGCACCCAGCCUUGCUCACCUAAAUCAUAUCCGUCAUCACCUCAUUCCAGGGAUAUUCACUCAUCACCAGAGUUGGCCAGGGCUACAAAUCAUGCGGACAGCCCUGCUAUUUCUUCUAUUUAUCUCAAUAUAGAUGGUUGUCCUAAAUCUUUGAGGAUUGAUGUCAAUUCAGAGCCCACUAAUGCUUCUGAGGUUGAGGCCUCAAAAGAAUGUGAAGGAGGGACAACUGCUGCUGGGGCAAAUGAUGUCUUCUGGGCACAGUUCCUGACAGAGACACCUGGUUCAUCGGAUGCACAGGAGGUCCAGUCAGAACGGAGGGACACAUAUGGCGGCAAGGGUAACAGUAAGCCAGAUGACCACAGGAAAUAUUGGUGGGAUACAAAUAAUCUAGAUCAUCUUACUAAAAAAAUGGGUCAUCUUACUUCAUCUGAAAGAACUUAAUGUUGGUCCAUUCAUUUAACACUAGGUCUCAGUGGCUGGUUGUAUAUUAACUUAACUAAGAGGUAUGAUUACCUUGGUCCUAUAGUUACAGACUACAAGUUUUAGCCCUCACUGUUGUGGUGCAUGCCAGGUUCUUGCCAAUAAGUUUCUGAUGUUGCAAGAAAGUUUAUAUGUUCAUUAAUUUUUGUAUUUAUAUGAUAUCAGAUUAUAGGUUUUGUACAUUUUUCCAUCUAUCUAUACUUAUUUUUGACACAUA